ACCAAUUCUCGUGAUUCAGGAGUCUUUUUUGACCUUGACUUUGAUUUUGAAAUUAACGUUAGCGAAAAAUCUAGUACACCUUAUAGUAAUUAUCUGGGACUUUACAUCCCGGUAAAAAAAUCGAUCUGUAAGGAAACCGACGACGAAACUUUUUUCACCAUUUACCCGUUAGAAGUGGUUUUACCUCCAAAAUUACCAGCUGAUACAGAUGUUCCUUUUUCUUUUUAUCUUGGCUUAAACACACAAAAAACAACUAAGCGCGAACAUAGGAGAUCUCAACGUAUUACCUCUUUUUAUUUUGUCGAUUUAAAUUCAUCAAAUGAUAAUGGGCUUCGAUCUAUGGAUAAAACGUUUACACCAAAAGCAGGAUGA